GCAUAAUUUUGUGUAAAACUGUUGGCUGAGGAGAUCAAAGCUGCUGUCGAUUGUCAACGGUUGUCACAUACCCAUCUCACGUUUGUUCAUUGCUCCAGUGCAUUAUCUCUUCGAGAGAAUCAAUUCGUCAUCAGUUUCUUGGAAAAGAGGAAACAUGGUAUUGAAUAAACUCAGCAUCGACAAGGUGGACGUCACCGGCAAGAGGAUCUUGAUGAGACUUGACUUCAAUGUGCCUAUGAAGGAUGGAAAGAUAACCAACAAUCAACGAAUUGUGGCUUCUCUGGAUACGAUUAAAUAUGCAUUGGAGAAGAAAGCAAAGGCGAUUAUUAUUAUGUCACACUUGGGUCGCCCGGAUGGUCAGAGGAACUUGAAGUACACGAUGAAACCAGCAGCUGACGAGUUGAAGAAUCUUCUCAAGCAGGAAAUUGUUUUUCUGGAUGACUGUGUGGGCUCUGCUGUCGAGGCUGCUUGUGCUGAUCCAGCACCGGGGUCUAUUAUUUUAUUGGAAAACAUGAGGUUCCACGUGGAGGAGGAAGGCAAGGGUGUGGGACCCGAUGGCAGCAAGGUUAAAGCUGAUAAAGGUAAAGUCACAGAGUUUCGUGCUGCCCUGAGGAAACUCGGAGAUAUCUACGUGAAUGAUGCCUUCGGAACUGCCCAUCGUGCCCACAGCUCGAUGAUGGGUGAUGGUUUCGACGUCAGAGCCAGUGGAUUUCUCAUGAAGAAGGAACUCGAUUACUUCGCCAAAGCUCUUGACAAUCCUGAGAAACCUUUCCUCGCGAUUCUCGGUGGUGCAAAAGUCGCUGACAAGAUUCAGUUGAUCAAUAAUUUGUUGGAUAAGGUUAAUGAGAUGAUCAUUGGGGGAGGCAUGGCAUAUACUUUCCUGAAAGUCACUAAAGGGAUGAAGAUUGGUAACUCCCUAUUCGACGAGGAAGGCUCAAAAAUCGUUAAUGAUCUCUUGGAAAAAGCGAAAAAAAAUAAUGUUCAGAUUCAUUUGCCUGUGGACUUCGUGACGGCUGAUAAAUUCGCUGAGGAUGCUGCUGUUGGGGCUGCUGACAUCGAGUCUGGAAUACCUGAUGGAUGGAUGGGUCUCGAUGUUGGACCCAAAUCCAGGGAAAUUUUUGCUGAACCUAUCAAACGAGCUAAGAUCAUCGUGUGGAACGGUCCGGCUGGAGUCUUCGAGUUCGAAAAUUUCAGUAAAGGGACCAAAGCCCUAAUGGACAAUGUCGUGGAAGCAACGACUCGUGGAGCUGUCACAAUAAUUGGUGGUGGUGACACAGCCACUUGUGCUGCAAAGUGGAAGACUGAGUCCAAAGUCAGUCACGUAAGCACUGGAGGAGGUGCCAGUUUAGAAUUGUUGGAAGGAAAAGUAUUGCCCGGUGUUGAUGCCCUUUCCCCAUUAUCGUAAGGAGAUUGCUGUCAAAUUAAUGAUCAAUAUCAUAAAGUUGCUCGCAAGGUAUUCCUCAAAUUUAUUGAGGAGAUAAACCAUGAAGUGUUGAUCACAUUCAUCAGUACGUGAAUCCAGAGUAAAUACAAUUAUCGAAUGAAUCUACAAGAUUAUAUAGAAUUGGAGGUUCAAAUAAAUUUGCUAGUCAGCAAAUCACAAAUUCAUAGGCAAUUGUUGAUUAAUACGAAAAAAAAGUAUAAACAAUAAAUAACGUCAGAAUAUUA